UCACGCCUGUAAGGAAGUGAUAGUGAGGAGCAUUAGGGAAGUAUGAAAGAAAGAUGUAUAUUUAAGCAGUGUGUUGGAAGCUGGAGGAUCAGAGAGAUGACUGAAUGCUCUGUUAACGUUUUACAUGUCGUGUAAGAGGGUGUGAGGGAGGUAGGAUACAGUAGAUGGCGGUAGUGUAACUUUAAGGAUGCGAGUCGCCGUAAAACACUAAAGAAGAAGAAGAAGGUGAACACCACCGAAGAAGAAAAAGACUUUCGGGAGGCGGGAAUCUGUUAGGUCUGUUGUCUUUGUUCUGCUACCUUAGAGCAGAGAGCUGCUGGAUCAUAGGAACCGAGACUAAAAUGGAUCAGUACAAACUGGAAAUAAAAGAAGAGGACGUGGACGUCUAUCUAGAACAGAAGCAGAGCGAUACGGAGCAGCAGGACCCGAGUUUAACUGAGCAAAACCGGUCCAUUAGUGGAAUAAAGGAGGAGCAGCAGGACCCGAGUUUAACCGAGCAGGACCGGUCCAUUAGCGGAGCUGAGGAGGAGCAGCAGGACCGUGACCACGCUGGUUCCACAGAUCAACAGGAACACAGAGAACGAAAAGCUUUAAGGCUGUAUCUCCGUCAGCAAUGUAGCCAGGCCUUUACCACACCACCAGAGCCUUAUUCAUGUGAACAGUGUGGAAAAGCAUUCUCUCGGCAGGGUAAUUUACGGGCACACCAACGUGUUCACACUGGAGAGAAACCCUAUUCAUGUGAGCAGUGUGGAAAAGCAUUCUCUCAUCCUGGUCAUUUACAGGUACACAGACGCAUUCACACUGGGGAGAAACCAUAUUCAUGUGAACAGUGUGGAAAUGUAUUCUCUCAACAAAGUACUUUACGGGUACACAGACGCAUUCACACUGGAGAGAAACCAUAUUCAUGUGAACAGUGUGGAAAAGUAUUCUCUCGACACAGCCAUUUACGGACACACCAACGUGUUCAUACUGGAGAAAAACCCUAUUCAUGUGAGCAGUGUGGAAAAGCAUUCUCUCAUCCUGGUCAUUUACAGGUACACAGACGCAUUCACACUGGAGAGAAACCAUAUUCAUGUGAACAGUGUGGAAAUGUAUUCUCUCAACAAAGUACUUUACGGGUACACAGACGCAUUCACACUGGAGAGAAACCAUAUUCAUGUGAACAGUGUGGAAAAGUAUUCUCUCGACACAGCCAUUUACGGACACACCAACGUGUUCAUACUGGAGAAAAACCUCAUUCAUGUGAACAGUGUGGAAAAGCAUUUUCUCAUCACAGUGUUUUACUAACACACAAACGCAUUCACACUGGAGAGAAACCUUAUUUAUGUGAACAGUGUGGAAAAGCGUUCUCUCAACACAGUACUUUACGGGUACACAAACGUUAUCACACUGGAGAGAAACCCUAUUCAUGUGUACAGUGUGGAAAAGCAUUCUCUCGACACCAUCAUUUACAGACACACCAACGUGUUCACACUGGAGAGAAACCUUCAUUCAUGUGAACAGUGUGGAAAAGCAUUCUCUCAACACAGUGGUUUACGGGCACACCAACGUUAUUACACUAGAGAGAAACUUCUUUCAUGCAAACAGUGUAAAAAAGCUUUUUCUCAACACAGUGAUUUACUGAAACUCAAAU